UUAGAAGUGAGGACUGGGCGACUGGCAGCAUUGGAGGCUGCAGGACACCUCACUUGCCCUGUGGAUCCUAAGGGAACCUCAGCCCCCACAAAGAUGACUUGGAAACAGGUCCUUCUCCUAUCCUGCCUCUCAGGGAUGGUGCUCCUGUCUAUGCUUCGGGAGGGUACCAGUGCAUCGGUGGGCAGCAGGCAGGUGGCGGAAGAAUCCCAGCAUGGUGUGAGACAGAAAAUUUUCAUGCAGGAAUCAGAUGCCUCAAAUUUCCUCAAGAGGCGCAGCAAGCGCUCCCCCAAAUCACGUGAUGAGGUCAAUGUGGAAAACAGGCAGAAGCUGAGGGCGGAUGAGCUGCGGAGAGAAUACUAUGAGGAACAAAGGAAUGAAUUUGAGAACUUCGUGGAGGAACAGAAAGAUGAGCAGGAAGAAAGGAGCCGGGAGGCUGUGGAGCAGUGGCGACAGUGGCACUACGAUGGGCUGUUCCCUUCCUAUCUCUACAACCGCCACCACAUCUGACCCACUCCUGAGGCCACCCGGAAGGAUGGAGUGCGAAGCAUCCCCAGCCACCCUCGGCCACUGCAUCCCUUUGAGGGUCCAGCAUAGAGGCUGCCACAUUUCAUGGUCCUAGUUCAUCCACACCUUUCAUUCCAAUGGCUUCCCAGGCCCUGGCUUCAGCUCCCACAUGGAUUGUUUCCUGAGGUGAGCAGCUGCCCGUGGCUCCUCCUGGAGCAAAGCACA